AAGCAUUUACCCCAAUAUGGUAAUUCUCGACCGUGAAAGAAGACGACGAAAAAUACAACCUAAGAAGAUGAAAAAGAAAAAACAAACAAGACGCUGAGACAGAGAGAGCCAUACCCAAAAGCUCAGGAUAAAAUUUUGAAACCCGACGUAUUUUAGAACUGUCAUCAAGCGAAGGAAAAAACGAAGGAAAAUGCGAUAACAGGAACAAUACACAUGGCUCCUUCGUCCUCAACUUCACCUUCCUCUUCUUCCUCCAAAUCUCCUCCUCCUCCCCACUACCAAUCCCCGCAGUUCACCCCUAUUCAAGAAUGCGAAAGAGAAGAGCAUGACGAAGAUGAAAAGCACCACCCAACGCCGCUCCACCAGGAUCAGAGAAGCGCCGGAAAACCCAAUGGCAGGAAGAUUUCGGAGUCCGAUUCCGGCGGUGCGUCGGCCGGAGAGGACGGUUCGGUCUCGUGCAACAAGUGCCGGCCGCACGCGCGGGAGAAGAUCUCGGUUGUUCCAGUCGACAACAAUGGCGUCAACAAGCACUCUAACUCGUCGAUUGCGAGUCCCAACGGAAUAUUCAAGUCGAUAUUUUCGUCGCUAACUCGGAAGAGUCCGAGGUCGUCGGCGGAUGCGUUGACGACGGCGAGAGAGGAGCAGUGGAAGAUUGCGGUGGCGGAGCUCUCGCACAAGCUGAUUCAGGCGACGAGAAAGAGAGACGAGGCUGUUCUCGAAGCUUCGAGGCUCAAGCACACCAUGGCUGAGCUUGAGAAGAAGCUCAACAAGCUGGAAAUCUAUUGCCAUAACUUGAAAUCCGGCCUCGAAGAAUGCAGUUUUCGGAAAGUCAACCAUCACGGCGCUAACGACAAAGUCGUUGAGCAUUUUCUGGUGUCGGUAUCGGAGGCUCGGUCGUCGGUCCGGCUUCUAAGCCGGUCGCUCGCUAUGCAACUCCGGCAAAUGGGAGGAAAAGUAUACGAAAGAAUUUCUGCUCUUCUCCAACCUUAUGAUAUCAAAGUUUCGCACUCAAAGAACCCAAGAAGCUUGCUUUUACACCUUGAAGCUAUUCUGAACAAAGCUUUCUAUGAAGACUUUGAAUCAGUUGGGUUUCAAAAGAACGCCGCGAAUCAAAUCCUGAACCCCAUUGAUCGGUGCGAGGCGAACUUUGAAUCCUUCAACUUGCUCCAGAGUUUGACAUGGGAGGAGGUCUUGAGCAAGGGAACAAGGCAUUUCAGCGAAGAGUUCAGUAGGUUUUGCGACAGGAAAAUGAGUGAAAUUGUGGCGAUGUUGGGGUGGAACAGGGCGUGGCCAGAGCCGCUCUUGCAGGCUUUCUUUGGUGCGUCGAAGAGUGUGUGGCUGGUGCACCUUUUGGCCACGUCAGUGCACCCGAGCUUGCCUAUACUUCGGGUGGACAAAGGGGUGGGAUUCGAUGGGGUUUACAUGGAGGACAUGGCUGGAGAUAAUGUGAAGAAGUUGGUUCCUUCGGUGGUUCGGAUCAUGGCUGCACCUGGGUUCUAUGUGUAUGGUAGCGUGGUCAAGUGCAAGGUGCUAUGCAGGUACUACAACAACAACAACAAUGAUAACAAUCUGUAAUGUUGAAGGCAAGGGUUUUAAUCCUAUAAUCAGGUUAGGAAUUGAAGGGUUUAAUUAUGUGUUUAAAAUUGAAAACAUUUUGAUCUGUUUAUAAUACUUUUGUAGUUUUGCUUCUAA